UCAGAUGCCUGCACAAAAGCGUAAGCUGGAAGAACCAGUUAUGGAAUUCCGGUCUCCCCGGGGAGCCAUCACUCAGCCCCUGAAGAAACUGAAGAUCAAUGUCUUCAAGGUCCACAAGUGUGCUGUGUGUGGCUUCACGACAGAAAACCUUCUUCAGUUUCAUGAGCACAUACCCCAGCACAAAUCUGAUGGCUCCUCCUACCAGUGCCAGGAAUGUGGCCUCUGCUACACCUCACAUGUGUCCCUCUCCAGACACCUCUUCAUCGUUCACAAGCUCAAGGAGCCGCAGACCUCUGGCAAGCAAAAUGGUUCCAAAGAGGAUGCUCAGCAGGAGAAUAAACCUGCAGCUGGGAACGAAGCUGCACAUAGCCUAACAUCU